AUGGCCACCUGCUGCUGCAUGGGCCUCUCAAUCCGCCUGCUCCCCUCAAAUGAACCCUCAUCCCCUCUUAGUGGAAAGCCCCCAAUAGUCACUGUUCAUCAGGAUCAGCUGAAGAUCGCUGAAGCUGGAGACAGCAUUCAUCUGUCCUGCUUCAGUUCUAGAGAUACAAAAACUACCAUUGUGUGGAUCAAACAAAUCUCUGGGGAAAAACCUGUUGUUAUUGCUACAUCAUAUCAGCACCAACCUGGAAUAUUUCAAAAUGGCUUUGAUCAGAGCGGCCGCUUCGAAACACAAACAGCAGCUGAAAGCUUUAAUCUGACCAUCUCCAAUUUAGAGCCAUCAGACACAGCAACGUACUACUGCACUGUCAUAUUUUUCUAUGAUAUCACUUUUGGAGAAGGCACAUUUCUUGUUGUCAAAGACACAUCACUGACAAAGCACACAGUUCACCAGCUGCCUGUGUUUGAGGCCGUUCAUCCAGGAGACUCUGUGACCCUGCAGUGUUCAGUGCUCACUGAGAGCUGCUCAGGAGAUCACAGUGUGUACUGGUUCAGACAUGGAUCAGGAGAAUCUCAUCCAGGAAUCAUUUACACUCAUGGAAACAGGAGUGAUGAGUGUGAGAAAAGCUCUGAGACUGAUUCUCCUACACAGAGCUGCGUCUACAAACUCCCCAAGAGAAAGCUCAGCCUCUCUGAUGCUGGAACUUACUACUGUGCUGUGGCUGCAUGUGGACAGAUACUGUUUGGGAAUGGAACUGAACUGAAUGUCACAGGGACCACGUUUUCUGGUUAUGCAGUUGAACAGGAUCAGCUGAAGAUCGCUGAAGUUGGAGACAGCGUUGCUCUGUCGUGCUUCAGUACACGAGAUAUGAAAACUACCAUUGUGUGGAUCAAACAAAACCCUGGAGAAAAACCUGUUCAAAUCGCUACAUCAUAUCAGCAUCAAGCUGGAACAUUUUAUAAUGGCUUUGAUCAGAGCGGCCGCUUCAAAACACAAGCAGGACCUGGCAGUUUUAAUUUGACCAUCUCCAGUUUAGAGCCAUCAGACACAGCAACGUAUUACUGCGCUAACAUAUUCAUAUAUGAUAUCACCUUUGGAGAAGGAACUGUUCUUGUUGUAAAAGAUGCAUCACUGACAAAGCACACAGUUCACCAGCUGCCUGUGUUUGAGGCCGUUCAACCAGGAGACUCUGUUACUCUGCAGUGUUCAGUGCUCACUGAGAGCUGCUCAGGAGAUCACCGUGUGUACUGGUUCAGACAUGGAUCAGGAGAAUCUCAUCCAGGAAUCAUUUACACUCAUGGAAACAGGAUUGAUGAGUGUGAGAAAAGCUCUGAGACUGAUUCUCCUACACAGAGCUGCGUCUACAAACUCCCCAAGAGAAACCUCAGCCUCUCUGAUGCUGGAACUUACUACUGCGCUGUGGCUGCAUGUGGACAGAUACUGUUUGGGAAUGGAACUAAACUGGAUCACAAAGACAAUACAUUUUGGAGUCCAACUGUUGUGGCUUUGGCAACUUCAAACAUGAUAUGUAUGUGUGUGACCAUAAUUCUGGGAGGAUUCUUAUACAAGUACCAACAAAAAAGUGCCGUUGAUGCCGCUCAGAUAAAUCAGAUAUUUGAUGUCUCCAGCUGUCACGUAUUCCUUGGACUCCAUCACCCAGACUCCUUCAGAAAGUCACCUGUCAACUCUGACCUGCCUGCACGCUCCAAUUACAGAUCUCACUCUCCGGAAUACUAA